CUGCUGACAUGUGUCUGUGUGUCCUGGGGUCUAAGAGUUGGUAGGCAAGUAGGCGUGUUUCCGUUGUGUUGGUCUGUGUGAGUCCGUGGGUGUCUGUUCUGUGUUGAUAUGUGUGUGCGUCCUGAGGUGGGCAUGCCUUAUCUCUUGGGUGUAGAUGUGUUUGAGAAGUGUGUGUUUCUGUCUGUGCUUGUGUUGGCUGCAUUGUGUGUGUCAGCGUGCGUGUGUGUCAGUGUGUGUGUGUGUGUCCAUGGGCAUAUCAACAGUGGGUCAGUGUGUGAGAUUCCGACUACUUGUGCAUGGCGGGGGGAUGGGUUGUGCCAGGCAGCAUGCAUUGUUUGUAUAGCUCUUGUGAUGGUCUGUGUGUUUACAUUUGGUCAGUGUUCCUAUGUGUGUGUGUGUGUGUGUGUGUGUGUGUGUGUGCGUCCUGUGUACUGAGUAGCAAUGUCCGACACUGGGACCAUCUCAAUGUUUCUGUGCAAAUGGGAGAUGAGGUGGGAGGUCAGGCUGGCCAGUCCUGCCUGAGUCCGUGUGUGUGUGUGUGUGUGUGUGUGUGUGUGUGUGUUGGGGGAGCCAUCCCAGUGCCUGGCUGCCCUCCGUGUGUGCCCAUCACUGUGUCCCAAAAGUGACCCCCCCCCCAGCCCAUGUCCUGUUGGGUGAGUUUGUGUUAUGGGGCCAUCAACCCUCACACUCACACACCCGACAGCCCCCUGCAUCUGGGUCCUGCAUCUGGCUCUUGAACUUGCUGUGAGAGCCAGCCUGUGCCGCCCUGUCCCUCAUGUGUGCCCAUCACCAUGUGUUUGGGAGGCUGCCGAGCCCUGGGUCCCUCGGCCCCAGGGAGCACCAUGGCCCGAGCACGCCAGGAGGGCAGCUCCCCGGAGCCCGUAGAGGGCCUGGCCCGCGACGGCCCUCGUCCCUUCCCACUCAGCCGCCUGGUGCCCUCAGCUGUGUCCUGCGGCCUCUGUGAGCCCGGCUUGCCGCCUGCCCCUGCCACCCCUGCCCUGCUGCCAGCUGCCUACCUCUGCGCCCCCACUGCCCUGCCCGCUGUCACUGCCGCCCUAGGGGCCCCCCGCUGGCCUGGGGGUCCCCGUAGCCGCCCCCGAGGCCCGCACCCCAACGGUCCUCAGCCCUCGCUCUCGCCCGCGGAGCAGCACCACCUGGAAUCGCCGGUGCCCAGCGCCCCGGGGGCCCUGGCGGGCGGCCCCACCCAGGCGGCCCCGGGCAUCCGGGGGGAGGAGGAGCAAUGGGCCCGAGAGAUCGGGGCCCAGCUGCGGCGAAUGGCGGACGACCUCGACGCGCUGUACGAGCGGCGGAGGCAAGAGGAGCAGCAGCGACACGGCCCCUCGCCUUGGAGGGUCCUGUACAAUCUCCUCCUGGGACUGCUGCCCUUGCCCAGGGGCCGCGGAGCCCCGGAGAUGGAGCCCAAUUAGGUGCCUGCACCUGCCUGGUGGACGUCGGGGACUUGGGGGGCAGGCCCCUCCCACAGCCUGACGCCCUGGCCAGCACAGGGGACAUUUUCUGCACCAUGUAGCAUACUGGACUACGAGCCCUGCCUGUCCCAGGGGCGGGCCCGGGCAGCCACUCCAGACCCAGCCCCGGCCCAGCCUGGGGUGCACUGUCGGAGAUGUGGACUCCUGGGUCCCUGGCCGAGAAGCCAGGGGAGAGAGGGCUGAUGGACUCAGCGUCUGAAGGCGGCGGUGACCGAGGGGGUGGGGACUGAGCCGCCCGCCUCUGCCGCCCACCACCAUCUCAGGAAAGGCUGCUGGUGCUGGCUGCCCGUUCCAGCUGCAGGGGGGACACUGGGGGGUCCCUCCCAGUGCUCCUUCACUUUGGGCCUGGCCUCAGGCCCCUGGUGCUUCCCCCCCUCCUCUUGGGGAGGGGGCCCGUGAAGAACAAAUGAGCCAAACGUGACCACUAGCCUCCUGGAGCCAGAGAAUGGGGUGCAUCUGACGGCUGCCCCAGCCCGGCGCCCAGCCAUCUUCCCUGAGCCAGCCGGCGGGUGGUGGGCAUGCCUGCCUCACCUUCAUCUGGGGGUGGCCAGGGGGGCCCAGACUGUGAAUCCUGUGCUCUGCCCAUGACCACCCCCCUCCAUCAAUCCAUUGCAUAGGUUUAGAGAGAGCACGUGUGACCACUGGCAUUCAUUUGGGGGGUGGGAUAUUUUGGCGGAAACCGCCCCAGCCUUAGUCCCCAGGGCGAAGCGCUGGGGGGAAGAGGGGAGUCAGGGAGGGGGAGUCUCAGAAGAGGGAGGAGUCUGGGAGUGGGGAGGGAUGGCCCAGCCUGUAAAUUACUGUACAUGCGCUGCUGUAGAUACCGGAAUGGAUUUUCUGUACAUGUUUGGUUAAUUUUUUUUGUACAUGAUUUUUGUAUGUUUCCUUUUCAAUAAAAUCAGAUUGGAACAGUG